AUGUUUAUUGGAUCAAGUACGGUACAGAGUUAUAGAACUUUCUUGGCGGCGACUGCAGACUGCUUGUUGUAAAGGAAGAAAGACGGACGAACAACAAAGAGUAGACUGAUAAUUAAUUCAUCAUGAAUAGAGAAAUUAUCUUUGCAGUAGUUUGUACAUUUAUUGCAGCUGUAAAUGGAGUCUGUGACAGACAAGCAGUAUCAACAUGUUAUGGUGCUAUGCAGGGUAGUAAUGAAAAUAUGCAGGCACAAUGUGCAGCAUAUGAGACCGUCAAGACAUGUAUAGCACCACAUAAAGAUGAAUGCGCUGGUGAUCCAACACUGGCCGCCUUAGCAGGUUUAGCACAGCUGUGUGGUGGUGGAGCUGGUGGUGCCGGUGGUGCGGGUGGUGCCGGUGGUGGUACCCCACCAAACAUGCCAACCAUGUGUGCAGUUGAUACUUGUGCUAUGAGCAUGCAGAAAUAUAUGCCUCAGGGAGAAGGAGAGACACCUAUUGUUGAAGCAUCACCAGAGAUGUGUGCGGCAGCGACUCAAUAUAAGACUUGUGUAGAAAAUGGAAGGUCUCAAUGUCCAGACUCCCAAAGUGUUAAAAAUGCAGAGAUGAUGAUAAAACAAUUUGAAUCAUUGUGUGGAGGAUGUGCUACUGCAAAAUUGAUGAAAUGUGUUCAGAUGCUUGGAUCUUUGGCUGCAGAGGGUUUUGAUGGAUAUCCUACUCAUGAGCAAAUUAAUACAGUUUGUCCAAAAAUGAACCAAUUCAAGACUUGUGUAACUCCAAUCAAAGCUAAAUGUGCUGCUAUAGAUAAUGAUCAAGCAAAGCAAAUCACUAAGGGUAUAGAGGCAAGUCUUGGUAUGGUUGAUGUGAUGUGUGGCUCUGAAUUUAAAGCAGGUUUUAUGAAGCAUGGUAUGGCGUGUUUUGAUAAAAAAUCCUUCAAAAAUGCAACUGCUGCAAAUUGUGAUAGCAUGAUGGCUCCAAAACCAGAACCAGAGACAACUGGAAAACCUGCACCUGAAUCAGAGUCAAAAGCUCAGGAAUGUCAGCGUACAUCACAGAUGUUUGAAUGUACUGCCCAGCAGGUUGAGGCUGAGUGUGACGAUGAGGCAGUAGCGUUUGUUCAACAAGUUGAAAUGAAAUUCAGGAAUGUGGUGCUCGGAAAACUUGGCUGUCCAACAAGUGGUGGUGUAAGACUAGCAGCACAAACUUCUGUAUUCUUAGCUUUCCUGUUGGCAGCUUUCUUCAUGUACUAGAAAACCAUUCUGUAUGCACCAUUAACAACAAGAAGCUGAAUGUUACAGAGUUACCAUCAGUUGGAUAGUUAAAUGGAAUAUUUACCAAUGAAAGUUUUUGCCAGAUUUAUUACAACCAAUGCUUCGAAUUUCAGAUGGUGUAACAUAUAUAUAUAUACAUAGAUAACAUAUUGGAGGAAUUAAAAUGGAGAAUUAAGAAUGAAUAAUACAGUUGUCACUCCAUAUAUUGCCAUAGAUAAGUUUAAAUAUGACAAUUUUAAUUGGUAUGUGAAUAAGACUUUUGGCCAGCAACUUCUUGUUUUGGAUGGUUUUUUUUUAUGGAUAUGUAAUAUAUAUCUGUUUAUUUACAUUUUCCACUAAAAUUUGAAAAAAAUGCAAUUGCUUCAGACUCGGAACCAUUGACCAUUUUUUCCCAUAUGGUCACUUCUGUUAAAUUUUGUCUAGAGUUUUAUAGAUAAACAAAUUAAUGAUGCGUAAAAACCUUAGAUUCUCUCAGUUCUCCAUGAGUAACUUUUGUUUUCAAGACCUGAUAAGUUUUCCUUCUAAUAAAGCUCUUAACAAAUUAAAAUAAGACUGAAUUUGAUUUUUUUACUUAAUAAAAUGUUUUUUGUGGUAAUUCUGGAAAUAAUCACAAAUCUGUUUAAUCAGUUGAAUACAUCUCAAUGCAAAGGAAUGUUUUUUGAUAAUUUUUAGUUGUUUAUAGAAGUUUGUUUGUUAUUUUGUUUUUUAUUUUAUUAAUUUACAACAAAACAAUUUGGAUAUUAUAUACUUAAGUUAUGACUGUUAAGAUUACAAGAAUAUGAUCUUUAUUUUAUAUUUAUUAGUUGAUGAAAUUAAGAAAACUACUUAUAAGUUAAUGGAUACAUAAGUUAUGACUAGGAAAAUCAUAAGAAUUUUUCUUGAAAUAAUCAAAAUGUAAAUGCAUUUUACACCAACUAGUCUUUUCCUGGCAUUUUUGAUUUUAUAUUUAUUUUGUGUAAUUUUAUAUAAAGAUUUUUUUUAAAUGAAACAAAGAUGAGGCACUUUUUUCCUUUUGGAAAUAAAAAAAAUCUGGCACAGUUUUUUGUGUAUCAUAGAUUUAGUCUGAAUAAGGAUAUUGUCUAAACUGACAAGUUUUGGUCUCUGCUUUUGAAAAUAUUACUCGAAAAGCAUUAAAUUUUUGAACAAGGAAAAUGAAAAAAAUAUAUUUGUUUCCUGUACCUGACUAUCCAAAAGUGUUGAGACUGAAACAUAUAUUUUGAAAUUGGGGCAUUACCUUUUUAAAAAAUAAAAAAAAACCAGUAGAACUGCUAAGAAUGGAAAACAAACAUAUUCUUAAAGAUGCCUUAAAGGUUAUAAAUGAGUUGGGUAUAAACUAUUUUUUUUUAUACUUUAAAAUCUUGAUCUGUCAGGGACAGAUUUGUAUAUACAUGUACUAGUAUUGUUUUUGUGCUAUAAUGGUCUCUUUAUGGAGACCUUUACCUUUUUAUUAUACCAUUAAUUGAAGGACUAUGCCUAUCUUGUGGUUGUUUUCUGCUUUAUUAACCUAUACAAAACAUUUCCUUUUUUCACCUUUAUAUACAAAUUACAGAUGUACCAUAUUGAUAUUUUUUUCAUCAAUAAAAUUUUUAAAGAUUGUCAACAAUAAGUUUCAUAUUAUUUGGAUUGUUGAAAAUUAAAUGCAAGCUUAAGUCAUUUAUAGGUUAUGCCAAUAUUUUCAUUACAAUUCUAGGCAAAUUUCUAGGGAAGUAACUUUGAAAUUCUCAUUAAAGCGGUGAAAAUAAGUGACCAUUAUUUUUUUUAUUAUCAGUAGUGCCCGAGUCAAGACCCAUAGUCCUUCAAAUAUGGUUAUUUUAUAUAUAAGUGCUUCGCAGUAGAUCUGGUAGUGGUUUAUUAGUGACAAGUUGUUUUUAGAUAUAGUAUAAUAAAUGUUGUGUCUAUUGGUUGUAAACAUAGUAUACAUUAUUAUGGAGACAAUUGUUUUAGUAUUAGACUGUUAAAAACUGAUUUUACACUUUUGCCUGGUGUUUUACUGAUAAAUUAUGUUUCAUUGAUACUUUGGCUGAGAAUUUAUUGGGUAUUUUUGCAAUGUCUUCCCUGUUAAAUUGAAGCAUAAAACCAUUUUGAAUGCUUUGAGUAGGUUUUUCAUUGUCUAGUUUGAUGAAUAACUUGAUGCGUGUUUAGGUUGUUUUAAAAACUUUACUGAUUAUUAAGAAUAGUGGUCUUUAUACUCUCCUAUAUUAUUAUAAUAGCUUUUUUCAGCAUUAAAUGAUCUUAUGGCAAAGUUGAACAAAUAUUUAGGGUUUUUGAAAAGUAUAUAUUAACUAGUCAUAAUUAUUGAAGACAUUUUGCAGAUUUUACAUACUAAUGAAAAAAUUAUAUUCAAUAACUUCCACACAAAAAAAUGCAUUUUCUAGUACAAUGUCAACAUAAAACUUUUUACUAACUAUUAAAUAAUAAUUUUUAAAAUCCCAGCUUAUAAGUGUUAAUUGUCUAUAUAUUGCCAUGGUGAUUGUUAUUUAAAUUUUUCUGCAAUAGACUGAUUUAUCUUGCCUUAAUAAUUGCCUUAGUGUCAUUGUGCCAUUGUAGUGCAAUACUUCAGUUGUUAAAUGAUGUAUUUUGCCUGAGUGGUUUUGCUUGUUUAUUAUUCAUUAGGUAACAUCAGAUGAUUUUGAAGAAUUUGACCUCAAUUUUUCUUCAUACAAAAUUAAGAUGUUUUUUUUACAGUUUGUAAGGUUUCACUGCAUAAGGGAGAUCAAACAUUGAAAAGAAAAAUGCAAAGAAGGUUUUUCAACCCGAUAAAUAAUUCUUGAAGGCAAUUUUUACAGCCAUUUAAUAAUGAAGAAAAUAUUGUAAUUGCAUUUUGGGUAAUUUGAUUGAUAACAUUUAUUUAAGGGUUUCAAAGGAUACCUUAUUGGUACAAUUUCUAGCAAUGAUUCUUACCUCAGGUUUUGGUGAUUUUGUGAUUCCUUUGUAGUUGUAACUAUGCAACAUAGUUUUAUAUUCAAUGUUUAUCGUGCGUUGUUGUACAAUGUAGCAUUUAUCCUCUUAAUAAAGAAAUUGUGAAAAUGUC